GAGUCACGUGUCGGGUGCCAGCCGCCUCCCGGGCGGGCGCUUCCUGUCGCUGCUUUAGCCGCCGCUUGGGGGCCGCGGGAAGCCAGGGCGGUGCCGGGCUGGAGAAGGCCCGUGUUUUGUUCGGGUCCGCCGCGAGGUAUCUAGGCCACCAGGAUGCCAGGGCCAAGACCUCGGAAGGGCCCUCAGGCCAGUGGCCAGGGUGUGGCAGCUGCCAAGCAGUUGGGGCUUUUUGUGGAGUUUAAUCCUGAGGACAUGCUGCUGAGGAUGGAUGAAACUGAAGAUGAUAGGGACCUGGAGGCUGAACUGUUGGCCCUCACUGGAGAAGCAGGGACCACAGGCAGGAAGUCAGCACCCAAGAAGCAGGCCCCUCUGCCUAUGGCUCACAUCGAGAAGUUGGCAGCAGACUGUAUGCGGGAUGUGGAGGAGGAGGAAGUGGAGGAAGAAGGUCUGGAGGAGGAUGUAGACCUGCUGACAGAGCUCAAGGAGGUCCUGGGUGUGGAUGAAGAGGCUGGGCCGCUGGAUGGUGGUGAGGUUGAAAGCCCAGACCUCUCUGAGGAGGAGAAGGGACUUGAGAACACUGAGCCUCCAAUGCAGACAGACCUCCUAAUGGCUUCAGUCCCAGUAGCUCAGGCUGGAGGCCCUCAGGGGCUGCAAGCUCUGCUGGAGGAACGGAUCCACAACUACCAGGAGGCUGUGGCCAGUGCCAAGGAGGCCAGUGAAGCCGCCAAAGCCAGGCGCUGUGAGCGAGGCCUGAAGACUCUGGAAUCCCAGCUUGCUGCUGUGAGAAAAGGCAGGAAGAUCAAUGAGGAGGAGAUCCCACCUCCAGUGGCCUUGGGCAAGAGGCCGCUGGGCCUUCAGGAAACCGCCAAUAGGAACCCUAAGGCAGAUUCCCCAGCUCCCUCUGCCAUGGACACAGAAAACACCUCCCAAUCUGAGAUCAGCUUACCAGGAAGCUCUGCCAUUGCUGUCCCACCUGAUUCAGACCCAGGCCCACAAGCCCUGCUGUCAGCCCGACAGAGAGAGUACAAAGUGGCUGCUCUCAGUGCCAAGCGAGCUGGAGAUCUAGACCGUGCUCGAGAGCUCAUGAGGAUUGGGAAGAGAUUUGGUGCUGUUCUGGAAGCCCUGGAGAAGGGGCAGCCUGUGGACAUGAGCGCCUUGCCUCCAGCACCUGAGGAUCUGAAGGCCUUCCCACAAGCUUCUAAGGUCCCCACAGCACCCCCAAUCCUGUCCCCAGCAGUGGAGCAAGUGCAGCCAGUGAUGGCCUCUGACAUCCCAUCCACCCCAGUGGCCCCUGCAGAGCCACAGACAGUGCUGGAUGCCCUGCAGCAAAGGCUGACCAAGUACCGAGAAGCAGGCAUCCAGGCCCGGACCAGUGGGGACGAGCGCAAGGCCCGUAUGCAUGAGCGCAUCGCCAAGCAAUAUCAGGAUGCUAUUCGAGCUCACCGAGCAGGACGGAAAGUGGACUUCACUGAGUUGCCUGUUCCUCCAGGAUUUCCUCCCAUCCCUGGUCUGGAGCCCACUAUGGAUACAGCAGAGGAUUCAGUGGCAGCAGCUUUGGCAGCUGCCCCAAAACUAGCCUCCUCGGAGGAUACAGCCCCAGCAGAUGUAGAUGAGGACGAGGAUGAGGAUGAGCCUCCAAUACAGGCUCCGGUGGCCAAGAAGCUGGCGCAGCCUCUGGUUCCCUUAUCCCAGCCCCUGCUUGAGCCCAAGGCCUCGAGUUCUAAGGAGUCACUGAGUCCAACUGUGCGGGAGCAGCUGGUGCUGCUAGAGGCUCGGAAAUUGCAGUACCAGAGAGCAGCUCUGCAGGCCAAGCGCAGGCAGGACCUGGAGCAGGCCAAAGCCCAUCUGCGGGUGGCCAAAGGUCUUGAGGCUCAGAUUGUCCAGGCCCGAGCUGGCCGACCUGUUGACCUCUCAAAGGUGCCUUCACCUUUGACGGAUGAAGAGGGUGACUUCAUCUUUAUCCACCAUGAGGACCUGCGACUCUCUCAGAAGGCCGAAGAAGUGUAUGUUCAGCUACAAAAAAUGCUUCUGGAGCAGUAUGAGAAGUGCCUGCUGUUCUCCAAGCAGUUCAUGCACCAGGGAAAUGUGGCUGAAACUACCCGGUUUGAGAAGCUUGCUCAGGACCGUAAGAAGCAGCUUGAGAUCCUGAAGCUGACCCAGGCCCAGGGUCUCGACCCUCCUAGCCACCACUUUGAGUUGAAGACAUUCCAGACUGUGAGGAUCUUCUCAGAACUCAAUAGCACAGAAAUGCAUCUCAUCAUUGUCCGGGGAAUGAACCUCCCAGCCCCUCCAGGAGUGACCCCUGAUGACUUGGAUGCUUUUGUGCGGUUUGAGUUCCACUACCCUAAUUCGGAACAGGCUCAGAAAAGCAAAACAGCUGUGGUGAAGAACACAAAUUGUCCAGAAUUUGAUCAAGUAUUCAAACUAAACAUCAACCGAAACCACCGGGGCUUCAGGAGGGUGAUCCAGAGCAAAGGAGUCAAGUUUGAAAUCUUCCACAAAGGAUCCUUCUUCAGAAGUGAUAAGCUGGUUGGUACAGCACACCUGAAAUUGGAGCGGCUGGAGAAUGAGUGUGAGAUCAGAGAGAUCAUGGAGGUACUGGAUGGAAGGAAGCCCACUGGGGGGAAGCUGGAGGUGAAGGUUAGGCUGCGGGAACCUCUGAGUGGCCAGGAUGUGCAGAUGGUCACGGAGAACUGGUUGGUCUUGGAGCCGAGGGGCUAGUGAGCAGGUGGUCAGCACUGGGAGAGAAUCAGCCAGUGGCAGUGUGCACCAGCUGGGCUUCUCAGCUUUGCUGGCUGCAAAAGCCUUUGUAUGUAAGAGAGAUGCUGCUACGCAAGCACCAAAGAUCUGUUGAGCUACGGACCCUACUAACCAAGUAGGCUAGCAAGCCCUCUUGCUAGCCCUUUUUGAGCCUCCAUGGAAGCAGUCUGGAUCCCAGGAGCUCUUCCCCUUACCCUUGUGGGUAAAGGCAAGGAUAUUCUCAUUGUUCUGUGCCAUGGAGUCUUCUAGACCCUUAACCUCUGCCUAGCAACUGUGUGCAGCUUAUUUCAGCUCCCAGUUGUGCCAUUUCUGGAUGUGCCUUUAAAAGAUGUAACUGAGGGAUGGGAGACUCAAGAGUGAUUGGACACCUCACUGGCUAGGGUAGGUAGGGUUUCACGACUCUAGCUGGUCAAUGGCAGCCUAUCCACUCAGCUGAGUUUACCCCAGCUCUGCCUGUGCCUGUGCCUUUGUUCCUGACAGCUGCUGCACUAGCCUUCCUGUUUCCCAAGGAACUCAGUGGAAGAGGAAGUUACUUUUGGUACUACUUGGUGGAUAGGAAGGGUAAGGUAUCUUGGGUUUGGUUUGUGUACCUAAGAUGAAGACUAUUAACAGGGGAGAAAAAACAUUCAUAUAUACAUAUGUAUAUGUAAAAUUUUAUGUAGCCAUUUUUAUUUAAGGAACUAGGUCUAAUUCAUUGUUAGGGGUUUUACACUCUACACACAGUGUAAACUAUCAAAGUCUUAAAGCCCUCCUCCUGUCACUGUUUAAAAGCCAGGGUCACAGUAAUAUUUAUCAACUGCUGCUGCAGCUUCCUCUUUUGAGAGAGGGCAGGGGAAGCCUUUCCUUUCAACUGAUCACCUGGGAAAUCCCUAAGUUCUUUCCAAGAAAUUCUCGUGUGGCUUUGUUUGCUGAAUGGAUGGAAACCAUGAAGGGAUUUGUAGUUGUAACAGAUUUAAUAUUAAAAACUGCAGUGUUCUACAUUUCUUAGGAAUAAAUACCCCAUCUUUUUUCCUCUUUUUUGAAGCAGUAAGUUCAACAAAGCACUCCUCAAGAUUAGUUUUUAAAGGCUGUAAAUGAAGCAAAUACAUUUAGCUUACUGAUCACUAAAGCAUUGCGUAAACACAGCUCAGGGAUUGAGUUUUUGUGUGUCUUGUCAGGAGUACAGGGUUGGACCAGGCAUCUCUGCCCUUAACAGGAGAACUUUUAGUGGGUAACACAGCAGGGAUUACAGACAAUUGGUUUUUCCAAGAGCUCUCAGGCCAGUCUUACCUGUCAGAUGUGAGGUAUCAGCACUUCACAGAUAAGGGAUUUAACCAUUAAUUGUAAUCAUAAAUGUGUCAAAGAUUGGAAAGGGGGGGGUCACUUGCCUUCAUGAAAUGGCCUAGAGCAAAAAGGGCUGGCUUGAGUAGUUCCUGGCUCUGUCUAGUUUUCCCCUUUUGGGUUUCAUACAAAGAAGGUGAAGGACCAUAGGGGUUAUUCUCAAAGGUUUCAGUAAGCCCCAGGAAUAUCUUAAAUUCAGGCCUCUGUUGGAAAUGAAUUUUACUAAGACUUUUUUUAUGGCUUCAAUAAUUUUCCUGUGCAGCCUGCUCAAUUUCAGUCUGCUUCACUGCUCUUUGCUUUUGGGAAAACAACCUCAAGACUGAAGGAGGCUACACAAAGCCACCCACUGGAGGGGAGACAGCUUCUUGAAAGGCCUUUGUUGCAGCCAAGGCACACACUAGUAGAGGGAGGGGGCCUGUAGAGCCUCAUCUUGUCCUAAGAUUUGUCCAAAUUAAGUAACCAAACAUUGGAGAGUAGUUUCUUAAUGGGCAGUUGGGAACCAGACACAACCAAAAUCAAAUUUUACCUUCUCUGAUCUAGUGCAGUGCAUGCUUUCUUCUGAAUUAGUGAACUGAAUAAAAUAUGAAAGCGAUGUGUCUUAUAGUCAGGAAGCUUUGUUCACAGAGGGCAAAUUCUUUUAAUAUUCUUUUUGCUUUCUUAAAGCACCAUUCUAAAACUUACAUGGCUGCUUUCAAAUUCUGAAGACUUGUUCUCCACAUACUUGUGACAUCUAAAAGAUCUUGCCCCUUAAGGUCAGCUGGUUUUUGAAAGGAGCCAUAGUGCUGAAAGGUGGAUUCAGGGAGCUCACACCUGGUGCAGCUCCAUCACAGGUGGAUUCUUCUCUGGGCAUCAGUAUUCCUGUUCCAUUCCCUAGUCCUAUAUGUACAAUCCCUAAAAAUCCCAUUAUCAUCCUUUAUUUUAGCAUUAGUAAAAUAGAAGCCUCUCACAAACUUGUUAAUUCCAGAAACAAUGUUGAGUACACUGCUUGUCUUAAAUGCAUUAAAUGCAUAAAUUAAUUCUCAGAUGUCCAUAGAGAAAUUUAAUUGGAAAUUUUGGACCCACCAGCAGGAACCAGUGUGGGUGAGACAAGACAGGAGAUGGGAGCUUACACAGGCAGAAUCUCAUAUCUCUACCACCCUAGAGUGUGCAGGAGGUGUUCCAAAAAAUGUUAGUGAAGCACAGAGAAACUACAUUGCCUGGCAUUUUGCAAGGUGCAAUUUUUAAAAAUUUCAAAGUUUACCAGAAUGGCAAUUCUGUCCAUCUUCAGUUUCAGAGGAGCUCUGUAUCGUUUAAGUUCACAAUCUAGAAAAUUUUGCCUAAUCUAAGAGUGUGAUGCUUCAGCCUUUCACUUUCAAUUAUAAAACCAAGGAUAAGUGGAAAAAUAAACUAUAGACUUGAUUGUUUAGGCGCAAUUUCACAGGAUUUUUUUUUUUUAAUAUAGAAAAGACAUUUUAUGCAGUUAAGAAUGGAACUGACUAGACAGGGCUUAUUGUUUGUUAGUUUAAGGAUUCUUACACUGAUCCAGAAGAAAUACAAUAGAAAGAUGUAUUUAGCUGAGCAGGAAGAAAGAUAAAACUAGGAAAACAGGACAAGCCUCUGUAGAAGCCCCAGACUUCCAAGGUAUGUUUAUACCAAGCUUGAUAUUGACACCAAAUAUACCAAUCCCUGUUAACAAAGUUUGGGGGUAGUGUUCUCAGGGCUUCAUCCUUACAAGCUAGUGCUGUGUAGGUUGAGGAGCACCUGAGAGGCUUCAUAUUUCCUGUCUAUGGAAAAACUUGCAAUCUCAGCUUCUCUGUAGCUCCAUCAGCAAGGCCUUUGUAGAGGAAUAUAACCCCUACCCCAAGGAGAAAGGGAUGAAUCAAGCCAGGCCAGGCUGUGGGCCUCUGGAAAACAGCUAUUGCCCCAAACAGCUUGACAGCCUGUUAUUGCCAAGCACUGGGCCCAGCUCUGGCCUCUGGGAUAUAGCCUCUCAAUAUCCAGAGGCCUGCACUGGAACCCAGGUCAUUCUGGGAGCCCUGCUUUUGUUGCAGAGGGACUAAAUCCUUUGUGGUGUGGGUUCUCAGAGAUGUUAAUGACAAAUGGAGUUUCCCUAGAGCAGCGUUUGUUGAACUGGCUUGUGAAAUCCAUUUGGUCUAUAAUAAAAAAAAAUUUUUUUUAGCAGUACAGCAAUUUGAACUCAGGGCCAAGCACUUGUUAGGCAGGUGUUCAACCACUUGAGCCAUGUCUCC